UGACAUACUGUAAGUUUGAUUGUAGGUGUUGUUCCAGCAGGUUAAUAUGACCUAUAGUUGUAGUUCAGCGACCUCUAGUGGCUGUAGUUGUAAUGACAUGAGCAAGCGAACAAGUUAGGAGACGUAGUAUAUAGGGCCACAAAGUCUGCAUCAGGAGGAGAAUGGGGUGGAAGCGACUGCUUCAGCUCCAGUGGGGUAGCAUCUUUUUCAUCUAACCAAGUGUUUGUGGUUCCCGGGCCUACCCACAUAGAUUGUGUGACCAAAUGCAAUGAAACCAUGAAGGUUUCAUAAUUGCAGUUCUGCCUCCCAGCAUUGGAACAAAUGACCAGAUGGGGUGGAAAGGCCGGAGGAUUUAUUGAUCACAUGUGAGAUAGCUAUAUGGUACAACACACAUUGGUCCCCCUAACAUCACCUCAUCAUUUCUAAGUCAUUUCUGCUGUAAUGUUUGUGUUUGUUUUUUUUUUUGUUUGUUUGUUUGUUUUUUUACUGAGGUGAAAAUGGCUAUAUGACAAGCGGGUAUGGUCAUAAGUUAUACUGUAACCACAUCAACCACAGCUAAAACAUACAGCUUCUAUGUUCACACAGGGCAGAUGGGGAUAUAGCAUAGAUGGGUGGGAGAUGAGACGCAAUGGAGUAAAAGUCUGACAACACCUGGUUGUCAGUUGUCGAAUAGCACAGACUGGAGGCAUCCAUAGAAAUGGAGGUCUUUAUACAACAGCCAUGUGGAACCACACAAACAGACUCUCCCUACCAAACUUUCUGGCAUUCCAGUCCAAUAGCCAGAUUGUUGGGGCACUGUAUGUCCAGCGUCACACCUGUUGGAUGGGGUGCUCACUUUGAGUUGUAUCUUAAAUCUGCGUUGCCCAUUGAAGCCUGCGUCUGUAAAAUUAUAGCCUGUCUUCUAAAUGAUAUUGCAACUUGGGUACGUUUGAAAUGACACACAGCUGGUGCAGCAGCCUGUUGAAGCCACAGCUCAUUUCUACCAUUGGGCAGUGAUUUCAUUUUGUACAUACUCGUAGUGCACAGUUUAGAGUUUACAUUAUAGCUCCAGUAAAUUUGCAUGCAGUUAUAACAACAUCGACAAGCUAGAGUUGGUACUUGUCAACUAGAUGUAAGACAGAAGAAGCCGUCUGACAUUGUACUGUAUUACUGUGAAUGCAUCAGUUCUCUGUAAAGUUCUGGCAUGGUAAAGAAAUGACCUCCCUUUUGAUUUUCACCUCAGUGGAACCAUUUUAUUUUUCUGUCCACGAUUCAAAGUCAUUAUGGUGCAUACACCCAGCGGAAGGUUUCUGUGUUCAGCAUCACAAUUUGAUACGUUCUCAGUCGGUAUAUAAGUGUGAUUUAACAGAAUAAACAAUGUGCCGAUAGUGGGUAGCUUCUUUUUCAACCUCUGACUGAUUUUGAAAUAUGCAUGUUAAAAUGUUCAACUGAGGUGAAAAAGGCCGUUUGCAUGCAAUUUACUAACAUAGCUGUCAUUAUUAUGAAAAUAUUCAUCCUUGUUUAUGUAACAUGUAAAGCCUUUUUUUUUUUCCUCAAACUAAUGGGCCAAAUAUCUAACAUCAACACCAAUGCUAAGUAAGUUCUCUUCAGAUGCUUUUAAGCUUUAAAAUGCAUUCCACAUUCUGUUAUUUUUAAGUACUAAGAAUCCAAAUGUAUAAUGUUAUUUUGUUUAACGGUUUGGUUCCAUAUGAGAAUGAUAUUUGUGUUGCAGCCACUCUAAACACCUUCAGCUUGUCACUCCAAAUGCAGUAAAUUUCCAUGUUGACCAAUAUUUGUAUAUAUUUCUUGCUCAUGUAAGAUAUAGUGCUGUUUACUGUAACUCAUUCCAGUAUGGUAUGGCUGUGGAUGCCUUUCCAGAGAAGGACAGCCGUUUGCUGUAGAGUCUAUAAAGUCGGUGGCACGCUUAAUGUUUUCCUUUACAGUUUUAAUGUUCUGUCACCAGACACGCCAACAUAUACAGUGCCUGCAGCUAGUGUGGAGCCUGUCAGCUCAAAAUGGCUUGAUUUAAACUUUUGAAACAAUUUUUUGAGCAUUAAACCCAUAUUUGUUCCAAUGCCACAUUCAUAUUAAGUUUAGAAGAGCCAUUGCUUAAACGUGAACAAGAGGAGGUGUGUAUUAUGUUGGUAAAGUUUAUUGAACAUAAGCCAUAAAUGACAGCAAGUGUUGCUUUCUGGGUCUAAUCAUUGUGAAUGAUUAUUCAGACGUAUAUUACCUGCUGUUUUCAAGUAGAUUUAUACACUCCUGUUUUCACAGUAUGUACUUUACAAGAAUAAAUCUGCAAAUAAAAUAGGUGAACAGAGCAGAAUUUUAUUGUCCUGUCAGUGCCGUGGCUUUGUCUCACCAAUAAAGUCAAUCACCACAGUAAAGACAAACGCACAACCUGCAGCAUAAAUCAUCAGCCACAGAUGUGCACAGGUUGAUAGAUGAUUAAAAGAGAAGAGAAAACUCGUACUAGGAGUCAUGAACCACAGUCACUGCGAUUCUUCCUUUGCAGACCAUAAAGAUUUGUACCAAAUGUCAAGGCGAACAGUUGAAUUACUGCAGUAUGUUUGUAAAAUGCAGGAAUCUUUUCAGUCGUUAUAAGUUACCUGGCCGUUUUUCCUCUAUUCCAUUCUACACAACCAUGACUAAACAUUUAAUCAAGAGGUGUUUACUGUUGUUUUUCUGGUCAUGAUGCUUUAACACGUUUAAAACUCUCUGCAUGGCAGCUUUAUACUUACUCAGAUAAACGUUUUAUUCAUUCUGUCAAAACAAAAUCUUAAUUCAGUCCAUUUCAACUCAGCGGUGGCUCUGACGCUUCCACGUGUCUUUUAAUGUUCAAGUCUUUUCUGUUGGUUUGUUUAUUUUAUAAGUUGGCAUUUAUUUUAGCGUUGUCACCAAAAUAAAAAAACAACUUGUGGGAUUAUCGUCGUUUGCUUUGUUCUGAAUUGUGACUUGUUGCCGUGUUCAGUGCUGUUGUAGAAAUUGUGAUGUGAUGUAAAAAUUAUGUAAGAUUUCCAAUUCACCCAAGCUUGCUCGCAGUGUUUGGUGUCUUAAAGUUCUGAGUGAAUGCAGGCUACUAUGUUGGCUCCACUCAUGACGAGUCAAAGUGUGUGCUCAAUGUUUUUUUUUUUAUGGUAAAUAGUUGUGUGUUAUUUGAGAAUUGUUUAGUAUGUUAUGUUCUAAAAUCUGCACUAUGUCUUGCAUCUCAAAGACGACAAAUGCCCUGUGAUUUGAUUUGUUUUUGUCUUUAUUUUCAUUCAUCUCUGAAUGACUCUGGCCUCUGUUUAACGUCCUUAAAACUGGAAUGUUGCACAUUUAGUGCCUUUUACAUUUCAUCAGCUAACUUGAACAUCUGCUCAGAAUAGAAAAGAUAAGAUUCAUUUAUUUUUCUUUUAUUGUAUGUAUUUUUUUAUACAUAUAUCGCCUCUGUAUCCACUGUUCAAAUUUUAUAUAAAACCUAUUCCUGGCCAAUUAUAUGCAUUUUUUUUUUGUUUCUGAUUAUUAUAUUCUCACCAGAUUAAGAAGUUUCUUUCCUUUCAAGAUGAUGAUUAAAACAUCAAGCUGGAAAUAGAAACCAGGAAACAAGAAGAAGAAAUAAAGACUUCAUACAUCUUCCCUGAUAAGAGUGAUGCUACAUGGAAAGGGAAACAAAAAGUCUGGGAAUCCCGGUAAACAAGGGACAAUCCCCCAAGGAAAUCUUCAUCAUGUGGUGUCCUUUAAUUGUAAUAUGAUGCGGUGAGGUGUGUGGUUAUUUGUGAGCUGAAAACAUAAUGAAGUAUGAAGGGAUGAUGAAUGUGAAACCAAUGCUACGAAUGUACAAGACACUGGACUAAAGUGAUCAGCACCAUGGCCACCUUCCAGCUGCUCUUCCUGCUGUUGGUCAGCUGCGUGGUCAGCCUUCACCACCACCUCUCUCCAUGCCAAAUUGUCCAGAUGGAUGUGUUUUGCAGUGAUCUGGACCUCAGGAGUGCACCAGUCGACCUUCCUCAUGGUGUCCAAACGCUGGACCUUUCUUGUAACCACGUGCUAAAUCUCACAGAGGAAACUCUAGCGUAUCGUACCCGCUUCCAUCAUCUAAAUCUUCACUCUAACAAGAUCCACUUCAUCCAGCCAGGGCUCUUUAAAGACAUGCCUGACCUAAAAGUCCUGGAUUUGUCCAAGAAUCAUCUGAAUGUUUUUGCUCUCUCUAAAUUCAAUGUUGGGCCUCUUACAGCUGUAGAGUCACUUGAUCUUUCAAGCAACGGGCUGUACACAGGGAUGUCAGACUAUUUCCUGGCUGAUUCUCCCUCACUGGUGACCCUUUCUCUGAACAGCAAUAGCAUCACCAAAAUAGCACAAAAUACUUUCAGUGGAUCCUUGUCUUUGAAAAAAAUCAGCCUCCACAAUAAUGUCAUCUUGGAGAUUGAAGAUGGAGCUUUUGACUCCUUGAAUCUUCUGACUGAACUUGAUUUGUCCAAGAAUUCAAUCACAUGCAUCAAAGACUUCAAUCUCUAUAACUUAAAAGUGCUUAAUCUCAGCAAGAACAGCAUGGAGAUUUUCCAAAGCAUCAACUCAACACGUUUCUAUAACCUCCUCUAUCUUGAUCUGAGUGAAAACAAAUUGCUUUACUUUCCUCUUCUGCCCAGAAACAAUGUGCUCGAAUAUCUUGAUAUUUCACGAAACCAGCUUCAGAGCAUCAGCACCUCAGAAAGUCCUGAAAAUAAUACAAAAGUUUAUUUAAAGCACCUGAAAUACCUGGACAUAAGUUACAACCAACUCAAAAGCAUACCAGAAUCCUCUUUUUGCUUUAUGCGAUCACUUGAGGUCUUAAAUGUGAGUAAUAACUGUAUUAACUCAUUUUCAAUCACUACUCAAGGCCUUCUAUCGAAAGUGAGGAUUAUCAAUCUCAGCUAUAAUUCGCUGCAGAGUCUCACAUUUGAGAAAAACACCAUGCUAUCACUGGAAAAUCUCUUUUUACAAGGAAAUGGCCUCACCACCCUGGACCAUAACGUAUUUCAAGGACUUCCAAGUAUCAAGUACCUGCAGCUCCAGCAAAACAACCUGAAAAUCUGUGCCUCAGAGCAAAAACAGUGCAUGCCAGAGUUGACAGAUCAAGACUACCAGCAUCCUCCCAGUUGUGUGUUCUUUUCUUCUGUUCGAAACUUGCAAUUCCUGUACCUAUCUGACAAUAAUCUGCUGACUCUGCCUGCAAAUGCAUUUGCCAACACCUCUUUGAAAUUACUAGACCUGUCCUGGAACCCAGGCUUGGACAUGGAAAAAGACUCCCUCUCUGGUCUCGAGCAUUCCCUGGUUGACCUCCUCCUGAGGGAAAACAACAUUUCCAGUCUAAACACAGACCUGUCCUCACUGAGGAGUCUGAAACACGUAGACCUGUCCACCAACCUGCUGACCUCUCUACCUAUGUGGAACAAAGAGUCUUCCAUUGAGUCCCUAAACCUGCAGAACAACAAUCUGGUCACCCUAGAGUACAGUACCAUGCUCACUCUGGAACGCUCAUUGAAAACCCUCUACAUGGGCUCCAACCCACUGAGCUGCUGCAAGAACCUCGGCUUCGUCCACAUGGUCCAGCACUCAGCUGUAGAUGUUCCCGACAUUGACAGUGUGACCUGCCUUCAUGAUGAAUUUUCAGAGCCAGUCAACAUCAAGAAAGUGACCCAAGAAAUGUGUCAUAAACAGAGUACCCAAAACUACAUUAUUGCUGUUGUAGUGACAUUAUUAAUUGUGAUGAUUGUUUUAGCACUGUUUGUUAAACGUUGCCACUCAAAAAAAAGAAAGCAUAACAGAAGCUUUAGAGCAUAAUGUGAAUGAAGACUGCACAUGCGGGACCUUGAAGGAAUUUAUAGAUGAAACUCAGUUGGUUUUAGCAGAAAAAGACACGAAUGUAUUGUAUGUGGUGUUACCCAAAAGGAUAGUGUGAAGCCUUAAUUUGGAUUUAUUACUACCAUCUUUUUCUUAGAGUGAAUCAAUCCAGAUUUGGGUAAUGUGAAAGACACUGAGAAGGGUAAUGCAAAAAGUAACCGCAAUGGUUAAAUCAGGUGUACAGACAGAACAAAAGAUGGAUUUUAUCACCACGAGUGCAUAUAAAGUCAAUGGAAAGACACGAGCGGGUGUGAUCAGAUGCAAAGUUGCCUGGGGUAGUGCAAAUUGAGGCAAAGACAUGUCUGCAUUUUCAACAUGAGAAAAAAAUGAUUUUUUUCCCUGAGCUUUAUGAAUCUACUACACAAGGGAUGAAACCUGAGGCAAAAUGUGUCCCUUGCUAGCUAGCGUACAGGUAACGUGUACACCUGGUACACUAGAUGCUUAAGGUGAAUACAUAGACUGCAUAUAAAGAUGAAUGAUGUGACAACUCCCCAGAAAUGAAGCCACCACAGGUCGAUUGCCCCUUAGUGGUGGGUGGCAGUAUAGGUCAUAAACCCCGCCUUCUCAAUGCUAGCAGAUGGGACAUGAGCCAAAGUACAUAACAAAUUUUUCCAAAAGGGGAUUUCUGUCAUUUUAGGUAGAUAUUAUCAUCUCGGUUCCAUGUACAAAUGGCCAUUUUUUUGAUGGUUGUUACUAAAAUUAAUUGAUGACAUAAAAAUGGCUGUAUUUCAGCUAAUUUGACAACACUAAUUUGAUUGGAGGUCUGAUAAUGCAGCUCCACUUCUGGUUGCUACUUCCAGUUAAAAAAAUGCCUUACAAAACAUGAUGGCCACCACCGUAUUUGUAAAGUUUUGGCUUCACUUUUGCAUAGUGGCAGGUAGUGGUAACAUGUCCAACUUUAUAUACAGUUUAUGACUGAAUAAACAAAAGACUGCAUAAAUGGUUCAGAUUUAUGCAUUUGCUUUGUUUUCUGGUUUGUAAGCAGCAGUGUUGGUUGCUUGCUUUUAAUAUUCAGCUGCAUGAGAGUUUAUUGAAUGUAAAAGUAAAAAUCCACACUAACACAUGCCAACACUUUUGACCAUUUUCUCCCACAGGAGCUUAUAGAGCCAACUAAAAUGCAGCUAUAAAAUGUCAAAAGAAUGGCUUGAGUUUUUGGGACAUGCUAUUUUUUGCUUUCUUUUCUGAAAGUUGGUUGAGAAGAUCUGUACUGCUCUUAUAAAUAGGAAACUACCUCCAGUAGCCAGCUAGCUUAGCUUUGCAUAUAGACUGGAAACAAUGGGAAAACAGUUAGCUAGUAAAAAUAGUUACCCUGUAUUUGGCUAGUUAAAGGAAUAAUGAUUAAUUAAUUUGUACAAAGAGUGUUAAACUAAAUUAGAUAUAACACAUUAAUUGGUGAGUUUUAGAGUACAUGAGGAGGUUGUUGUUGCCUUGCUGUUUCCACCUAUGCAAAGCUAAGUUAACUGCUACCUGUAACUUUAUAUUUGCCAUACUGACAAAACUGCGGUCCUGACCUUCUCAUCUGAUUUUCAUCAAGUACAUAAAUAAAUACACUUUCCAAAAAAUACUCAGCUAUUACUUUUAGGGUUAAAUGUGAAAAAGAAAAAUACAUCAGUGACCGAGAAGUGAAAAAACAGCUUGUGGGAGAGUGUCAGCACUGGUUCAGAUAACUAACUGUAAGAUAAUCUGAAAGUGGAACUUUCCUUUAAGCUAAAAAUAAAAAAUACAACACUACAAAAGGUCAUGAAACUAAAUGCUCUUUAUUCAUGGGUGAUGAAGUGUGAUUAGAUGAAGUUAGUACACUACAUGUAGGUUCAGGAUCAUAUGAGAUGACUCUACAUGAUCUACUCUACAUUCCUUUACCAUUUAUUUAGUUUGCACUUUAUAUUUCCACCUAUUUGUAUGAUUGUAUCUUAUUUUGUGACUGGUAACUAAGAAAGCAAUAUUGCUAGAAUCUGAAGCAAAUCCUAUGUCAAGGUAAUUUAUUAUUAUUAUUAUUAUUGUUAAUUAGGUAAACUGAAAUGAUUUGUACUAUAUUGUUAUAAGCAAUGCUUUGUACCAAAUGAAGGCCAUUUUCUACACAUAUAAAUAAUGUGGGAUAAAUUAUUUGUGUGACAAAAACUGUAUUUAUAGCAGCCCAUUUUAAGUUACUUUUGUCUUCACUGUACAGCUAAUACCUUAAAAUGUUAUUUCAGAUACACACUCUCUAUAUGUUUUUUUGUGUUCAAACACACAUUAUGGUAAUAUUUUACUCAAUGAUAUUCUUUCUUGCUGGGAGCUAGGUAGAAGGUUGAUACCACUCUUACUUUGUCCUAAGCUCAUUUUAGGACAAAGGCAGGAAACGGAGGAGAAGAGCUAGCCAGGCUCGGCUGUCCUAAAAGUCACAUUAGGCACAUUUUACAUGCUGUAUAUGAUAGGGGUGUCAAUCUUGUCAUCUAACUGUCAGAAAGAAGGCAAAUACCAUAUUUUCUAAACUGCUCCUCCAAACACACUGUGAAUGAAAACUAAUUGCUAACACAUUACAAUAACUUUUUACAGAAUUUAAGGAGGUUUAUAAGGAAACA